CGUGGGCCGUUUUAACAUUUCGGAUCGUCUUUUCAAAAUUAGUUUUUUUUUUUCUUCUUUCAAAUAUUAUGCAUUCAAUUAGCUUAGGUUAUUUAGAUCUUAUAUAGGCUAUGAUUAUAAAAUAAUAACUUAACUUGGCUAACCUAAUUAGACGAGUUUACAAUGAAUCAUUUAAAGUCAAACAGAACUGACAGUCUGUUGUUAUAAUAAAAUAUAGCCGAACCAAAGAUUAUAGAAAAAUCUUUGACCCGUUUAUCUGAUCAAAGUAUUAAUGAUAUGAUGUAGACUCGAUCAAAAUAUCAUUUCGAAUGAAUGUUAUUAAGAUUACAUAGUUUAUUUCAGUCAGAAAAUUAUGAAAGUCAUACAGUAUAUCGCCGCCUUUCUUCUGUGUUUAAAAUGUUGUAGCACCUUUCAGUAUCAGACUCGUUUCUUCGUUCAGAAGGUGGAUCAUUUCGGAUAUUCUAAUCAAGAUACUUUCCGCCAACGUUAUCUGUUCUCUGAUGAUCAUUGGAAUGGUAAAGACGGCCCGAUAUUUUUUUAUACGGGAAAUGAAGGGGAUAUCUCCAUGUUCGCGAAUAAUACGGGUAUAAUGUGGGAGUUUGCUCAAGAAUUUGGAGCUAUAGUUGUAUUUGCCGAACAUAGAUACUACGGCCAGUCACUACCUUAUGGAUCUAAAGCAUAUCAGAAUGUUACUUAUUUGGGUUAUCUAACUUCUGAACAAGCCUUAGCCGAUUAUGCUGUUUUGAUUCAGCAUCUUAAAGCUAAUUUUUCGAGCAGUUCAGUGAUUGUCUUUGGAGGUUCAUACGGUGCCAUGUUAGCAGCUUGGAUGAGAAUGAAGUAUCCUCAUUUAGUAGCUGGAGCCAUAUCAUCCAGCGGACCAAUUUUACAAUUUACUAAUCUCACACCUUGCAAUGUUUAUAAUCAAAUUGUUACUAAAGAUUUUUAUAAAGCUUCACCUAGUUGCUCUCAGUCCAUACGGAGAUCGUGGAGUAUCAUCAGGAAAUUAGGGAAAACCGAUGAAGGUUGUAAUUGGCUUUCAAAGACAUUCCGUCUAUGUCAACCUUUAUCCCCGGAUUCAGUAGACCAAUUAAUAUCGUGGCUGUCUGGAACCUGGUCGUACCUUGCCAUGACCGAUUAUCCAUAUCCUACAAACUUUUUGGUACCGUUGCCAGCCAAUCCUAUUAAUGCAACGUGUCAAUUUUUGAAAAAUUCUUCCCAACCCGACCAUAUUUUGAUACAGAAUUUGAUGAAAGCUGUAUCAGUUUUCCAAAAUUUUACAGGAAAUGUUCAAUGUUUUAAUUUGAGUAACUCGGGAGGAACAUCUUUAGGCGAAAACGGUUGGGAUUUUCAGAGUUGUACCGAAAUGGUGAUGCCAAUGUGCAGCAACGGUGUUGAUGAUAUGUUCGAACCUUCGAGUUGGAAUCUAUCUGCUGUAACGUUAGGCUGCAAAACUAAAUGGGGUGUGACACCCGAACCAUUCAGAUCACAAAUUUUCUACGGAGGGAGAAAUAUUUCAGCCGCUAGUAAUAUUAUCUUUAGUAACGGAUUAUUGGAUCCUUGGUCGGGAGGAGGCGUGUUAAAAUCAUUAUCAGAUUCUUUGAUUGCAUUAGUUAUGCCAGAUGCUGCUCAUCAUUUAGAUCUACGCGCUUCUAAUAGUAAAGAUCCCUCUUCAGUAAUUAAAGCCAGAAAAGUGGAGAAGAAAUUUAUCAAACGUUGGAUCAGGCAAUAAAAGAGAGAAAGAAAUGUUAAUUAAAUACCAUUCCAAGAAUUAUGCUUAAUUGAUAUUACAUUAUUUAUGACAUCGAAACUUCUAUGAAAUAAUCGUUUGAAAUUUCUUUUAAACGUUAGACUUUCAAUUAACAAUCAUCUUUAUAUCUAAAUUUAACUUUUGUUGAUUUAAAAACUUUCACCCAAGGACGAUUGUCAAAAAAUAAACAAAUUAAAAUGAAUAGAAUUAUUGAUUUAAAAACUGGAUCGAUGUAAUAUGAAUCACGUAAUUUAAAAAAAAUAAAAUAAAAUAAACAAAAUUAAAUUUAAAAAAUAUA